AGGCGGCGGGGCCCCGGUGCGGGCUUGCCCGCGGCGUUCUGCCCUCGUUCGCCGGCCGCGACCCCAGUCAGGCCCCUCCCGGCGGCAGGCACCUGGAGCCCGCACCCGCCGCCCUGGGCGGGGGCUGUCCGGCGGCGAAUUCACCUGUGUUGUGGUGGCAGUGGCAGGCAUAAGUCGCCUCUCCUGCCCUCUCCCUCUGGGGGCUAUCAAACCAGCUGGGCUGCUCCCCUCUGCUCUCCAGGGGCGUGGCCGCCAUCUUGGCCCAGCUCCUCAGGUCUGCAGGAGGAUCUGGCCCUCUCCUGCCUCCUUGGCACGUUGGCUCCCACAAGGUGAUGGCUGCUGUCAUUGAGUCUGCAAGCUUUGAUGAGGAACAGCUGUCUAAUAAGAUAGAAACUAUGACCUGGAAGCCCAGAAAAGAAUGUCCACUGAAGAAUAUUCCAAGCGUUCUUGAUAGUGAAUCUGAAGAAAGUGAAUUUUCUGAUACCUCUCACAAUGAAAAUGUCAGUGGUUCUCCUGUUGACUGUGCUCAUAUACAUCCUGACCUGGAAGAUUUGGAUGGUGAAGUCUCUGGUAUGCCUGAGGCUGUAACUUUUCCAGAGCUGCAAACUGCUACUGUGUAUGAGGUGGAGGACUGGGAUAAAGAAUUGGAGGAGUCUGAAAGUAAUCCUUAUGAUGCUGGUGAUCUCCACUGUGGAAGCUUUCAGGAAAGUAAUCUUUUGGCCUCAUACUCAUGGCGAGAGGAUUCGUUUUACAACCCAGGCUGUCACCAUGCAGCUUGCCUUGUUUUUACGCCACCAGUUAGAAUGACUGAGACUGGCCAGUUUGAUGAUGCUGAUGAAUGAGGUUGACCCUGGUCAGAAACAAGUUUGGCUUCUGAGUUGGAUUAUGUUCUUCACCGUUUGAGUCAUGUCGAGUCCUUUGGCUUGCUUGCAGAGUUCUGCGUAAGGCCAGAAAUGCUACACCUUCUCUGAAGUUUUGCUUAGAUUGCUUCUGAGCUGGUUAUAAGUUGACUGUGCUUGACCUCUGGAAACAAGAGUGCAGGUGCUAGCUGUAAGGAGUCAUUGCAUUUCUGGACUUUUUGUUUGUAUUACAUAGAUUUAUGUUGUUGCUAAUUAAUUGCUUGAGAGGAAGUAUUUAAUUUCUAAACUUCAGCUUUGCCAGAUUUGACAUGUUGAUCCCUGUGUGUUCAUGUAACUUGAAGUUUUCUUUCCUCUUCAUUUGAUGCUGUCAAAUUGGUUCAGGUAGCUUUGAAAACUCCUUCCAGCAUCUCUGUUGUAUUUCUGUGUUGCCAUUUGUGAUUCCUGUCUAAUUCUGGUGUUUAACAAAAUUAGCCAUGACAAAUACAGAAUGAGUUGUUUUGGUUUUAUUUUUAUGUAUUUCAGUAUAAAGGAAUUACAAAUACAUGGUACGCAUCUUGCAAAUACACAUGGGCACGUAGUAAGUUAGGCCUGCUGCUGCCAGUAGGAAUGCUGAGUGCUUAAGACUGCCUCCUGACAAAUAUUUCUCUACAUCAGACCUUGUAUAUGGGCAUAUUAUCCUUAGGUCUCACAGUUGUCUUUAUAACAGUCUCAUGCAACAUCGGACAUGUAGUGAUGAAGAAAGUAUCUAUGCUUGUAUAAUGUCUUGCACUAUAUAAUCUCUGUGUCCUGCAGACAGUAGUGGAUUAAGGUUCCUGGUACUGCUGGUAUGUUUCUGGUGGUGGUGUGUUGUAGCAAAUGAGGAGAUGAGAAUGCAAAACACCUCCAUAAAGUCUCUUAAGAGAAUAGCUGGAACUAGAACCAUAUCCUUCUUGCCUUUGCCUUGGAGUUAAAGGAAACAUUCUCAAAUGAAGUACCUAAGUGGAGUGAAUGGCUGGUCACUUGAAUAGCAGUAAUCUUCAACUAAUGCUCACGUUUCGUUAAUCACUUCUCUCCCAAGAAUUUUUUGAAGGCUUUGUUUUGACACUGACACACUGGAGCACAGUACUCAUGCUUG